AUGCCCGGCGUCAUGCCCCUCUUCGGCACGAAGCAGUCCUACGCCGACUUCUACUGGAAGUGCCGGUCCAUGGCGGGAAACCAGCACUUCAAGAGCUCGCUCUGCCCCGACGCCUGGGUCCUCUCCUGGAACGUCAACGGCGAGGAGCGGCGGUGGAAGAAGAGCUUCAAGCGGCAGGCGCUGAAGGAGCGGGACGUCGAGCACUUCCGCGGCGUCUACGACACGCUCAAGGCCAUGCGGAAGACGGAGCCCUACCCGCUCGUCUUCAUCGUCAAGCCCCAGAAGGACACGUACCUGAGCCGCGGCAUGCACCUCGCGCGCCUCGACUCGAAGCACGUCAAGGACCGGAGCGCGCUGCUCCGGUGGAUCCAGUCGCACGUCGUCGACAAGUCCUGCGACAAGAAGUGGGACGACAUCCGCUGCGCGCGGCGGCGCGUGACGUUCCAGCUCUACGUCCAGCGGCCCGCGACGGUGCACGGCCGCAAGUUCGACAUGCGGUUCUGGGUGCUCUUCACGUCCCUGGACCCGCUCCGCGUCUACGUCAUGCGCCACGCCUACCCCAAGGUCGCGACGAAGAAGUACGCGGGCCUCGCGGACCUCCAGGACCAGUGCGAGCACAUCCGCCUGCUGCUGGACCCGUCGUGCAACGAGUCCGUCGCGCAGUUCCUGCGGCCGUACCCGGACGGCUACCCCAAGUCCACGGGCAGCCCCAUCUUCUUCGAGGCGCUCGACUUCUGGAAGCGCCACGCGAGCCGCGACGAGCUGGGCAAGAGCUCCUGGGUCGCCAAGGAGUCCUACUGGCAGUCGACGGUCUGGCCGUCGCUCGAGCGCGCGUUCACGUCCGUCGCCAUGCUCGCGCGCGACUCCCUGCUGGCCGCGGCCCGGGACGCGCCGGCGCCCGCGGGCGGCGCGCCGGCGCACCGGCGCUUCGCGCUGCUGUCGCCGGACCUGGCCGUCGACGACGAGGGCGCGGCGUUCAUCGAGGAGAUCAACACGAACGGCAUGAUCAUGGGCACGAACGAGCGCGGCGGCGGCUACAACGACCUCUUCCACGACGACGACUACCUGCGCGGCUUCCUGCGCAUCGUCGGCGCCGACGGCUUCCCCCGCCGGGGCAACUACUCCGCGAGGCUCGACUCCGAGAUCGCCGCGUGGUGCGCCCGCCGCCGCGGCGGCGCGCGCGGGGGCUGCGCGCCGGAGCUCGUCGACGAGCUCGAGCGCACGGUCCACGAGGAGGCCCACGCGGGCAAGCACUGGUACCGCCUCUACCCGCCCCUCCCCUGCCACAAGCGCCACGGCCACGUCUGCGACGUCGACGACGACGGCAAGUGGUGGCCCGAGCAGCACCGCGUCACCAGAGAGAUGCGCAAGGCCAUGCGCGAGCGCGACCUCGACGAGGCCGUCCGCGCCUUCGUCCGCGACGUCGACACCGAGGCCAUCCACGGCGAACCCAUGGUCCCCGGCCACGCGCGCUGGUACCCGCGCAUCUACAACGGGCUCUACGCGCCCUAA